GGGCCAGCUCUGCAGAAGGCGCGGCUCGCUCGCUGGAACGGUCACAUCCCGCUGCAGGCGCCGGCGGAGCCGGCCGCACAGCCUCCCGCACCUGCGCCCAGGCCGGCGGUCCGGCGGUGCAGCGCCCCGUGCUCCCGGACCGACUCCGCCGCCGGUCCCAGCUCUGGGGGCCCUGCAACCAGCGCCCGCUACGCCUCCGCUCUCUGCCCGCAGCUCGGCCCCGUGCUACCCGCCUCGACGGGCCCGGGCCGGGAUGGGGUAGGGGCAGCACCACCAACUCGGGCGAUGGGUCGCCCACUAGGCACCCCCCCGAGGCCUGACCGACCGCGAGGACCGGCGGAGGAGCCCCGCUUGGAUGUCUAGCGGAUGCCUCAGUGCCUCCUAGCGGACUCGGUGGGGACCAUGGCUUCGCUGAUGCCCCUCUCCCCUUAUCUAAGUCCCACGGUCCUCCUGCUGGUCAGCUGUGACCUGGGCUUUGUGCGAGCAGACCGGCCUCCAUCUCCUGUGAAUGUGACAGUCACUCACCUCAGAGCCAACUCGGCCACUGUGUCCUGGGACGUCCCAGAAGGCAACAUCGUCAUUGGCUACUCCAUAUCCCAGCAACGACAGAACGGCCCAGGACAGCGGGUGAUCCGGGAGGUGAACACCACCACUCGCGCCUGUGCCCUCUGGGGCCUGGCUGAAGACAGCGACUACACGGUGCAGGUCAGGAGCAUCGGCCUUCGGGGAGAGAGCCCCCCGGGGCCCCGGGUGCACUUUCGAACUCUCAAGGGUUCGGACCGGCUGCCUUCAAACAGCUCGAGCCCAGGUGACAUCACAGUGGAGGGUCUGGAUGGAGAGCGACCACUGCAGACAGGGGAAGUGGUCAUCAUCGUGGUCGUGUUGCUCAUGUGGGCUGCUGUAAUUGGGCUGUUCUGCCGUCAGUACGAUAUCAUCAAGGACAACGACUCCAACAACAACCCCAAGGAGAAGGGGAAGGGGCCAGAGCAGAGUCCUCAGGGAAGGCCAGUGGGGACAAGACAGAAAAAGUCACCAUCCAUCAACACCAUAGACGUAUGAGUGAAGAAACAGAACCAGAAGAGAGACGCACUAACAACCUGGGGAUGGGGAUGGGGUCAGGGAGAGCCUAAGAUGGUGAUCAGCCCACGAUUGAAGGAUCCCACAGUAUCCCAGAAGAUAAUGACACUCCCACAAUCUCAGGCCUGGUACCCAUCCUCUUUCCACUGUGAACAGGGCCAGAAGGUAGG